AUGUUUGCUUCAAAAUCCAGCUCCGUAUCUCCUUCUCCAUCCAUGGAGCAGGCAGAUUCAGAUGCUCUGGACAUCAGCACCAAAGUGCAGCUGUAUGGUGUGCUCUGGAAGAGACCCUUCGGGAGACAGUCGGCCAAAUGGUCCAGGAGGUUCUUCAUUAUCAAGGAAAGUUUCCUGCUCUACUAUGCUGAGAGUGAAAAGAAGAGUUUUGAAAGCAAUAAAUACUUUAAUAUCCACCCCAAGGGUGUCAUACCCCUGGGAGGCUGCAUCGUGGAGCCGAAAGAGGAGCCCAACAUGCCUUAUGCCAUAAAGAUCUCUCAUGAAGACUUCCAUGGUAACAUUGUUCUAGCAGCUGAAUCAGAGCCUGAGCAGGCUCAGUGGUUGGAGAUGCUGCAGGAGUCUGGAAAAGUGACCUGGAAGAAUGCCCAGCUGGGAGAAGCCAUGAUCGAGAGCCUGGAAGCCCAAGGACUGCAGCUGGCCAAGGAAAAGCAAGAGUAUUUAGAUAAGCUAAUGGAAGAAACAGAAGAGCUGUGUCUGCAGAGGGAGCAAAAAGAGGAACUUGAGCGUCUGAACCAGGUCCUGGAAGCAGAGAAGCAGCAGUUUGAGGAGGUGGUACGGGAGCUGCGACUGGAGCAGGAUCAGAUCAGAAGGGAGCUAGAACUCACAGCCUGCUCCCUUAAAGGAGUGGAAGAAGAAAAGAAAGAGUUACGAAGCCUGACAGAGUCCUUACAGAAAACACUAGAGGAGCUCUCCCUGGAAAAGCAGGAAAUGCUGAAGGUGCUGGAAGAAAAUGAGAGCCAGGUUCCACCAACUAGCCCCAACAAGGAGCAGAGCACCAUCUGGGGACUGCGCUGUAGCCUGCAACAGAUUGAAGAGAAGAUGCAGCAGCUUCUGGAAGAGAAAUUAUUGGCAGAGAAGAGGAUGAAGGAGAACGAGGAGAGGUCGCGAGCACUGGAGGAGGAGCGAGAAUUUUACUCUUCCCAGUCUCAAGCACUGCAGCACUCACUCUCGGAGCUGAGUGCGGAGAAGCAACAGACAGAGAGAGACCUCAAGGCUGAGGUGAAGAUGCGCAUGGAUCUGGAGAAGAGACUGAGAGAAGCUGAGAAAGCGCUGAAAAGUUUAGAAAGAGGCUUAAAUUCUCUGGAUUGCAACAAGGAGGAAGAGGAGAAGAUGAAAGCAGAUGUCAGUAACUUGAGAAAGUUCUUUGAAGAGUGCAUCCGCAGCGCGGAGCUGGAGGCCAAGAUGCCUGUGAUCAUGAAGAACUCUGUGUACAUUCACAAGGCUGCCACUCGUCGCAUAAAGAGUUGCCGCUUCCACCACCGGAGAGGCAGCACUUCGUGGAAUGACUUGAAGCAGUCGCAGUCCUUCAUAUUCUCUCACAGAGAAGCUGAAAACCUUGAGGAACUGAAGGAGGCAGCCAAAAGACUGAGCCGGGACCAGCACUUCAGGGCAACUCUCCAUCGAAUCAUGAGAUCACAAAAGGAUUCUGCUUCAGGGGAUGAAAAGUGA